AUGGGUAGCAGCUCAGGGGAAGUUCCACUCCAACAGUUCAUUCAGCAUCUUCAGCCCGCUGCCAUUAACAGUACAGCAGAUUGGUGUACAGUCUGUGGCAACGACAAGGACAGAGGAUGCGGCGCUUUGGCUCUGGCAGCAUCUGAAGCCCAAGAAUCUAUCCACCAGAAGAUCGGUCCAGUCGGGGCUGGAGUCCUUGGGGCCGGCUUGACACUGUUUGUCGCGAUUGUUAUGUUGUUAGUGUUAUCCUUCCUGGGAUUGGUCGCUUUUGGAAAGAAGGGCAAGCGUCGCAGUAUUGGAAGUGUUACCUCUUAUGCCUGA